CCUUUAAAGUGACUGUCUGUGUGACAGAUCCGGUAGCGAAUACACGAAUCUAAAGUAUGCCAGUCUGUCGUUGUGGAUUUUUAUUGUAUUAUGUUUCAUACUAAUGUCUCCUGCAAUGCAAGACGAGACUGACACAGAGCAGACCUCUGGGAACUGGUCUUGGUGGCCCUCUUGGAGACCAACAUCCAUGUCGUUAUUGAAAAUUGCCGAAGCUAAAAUUCUUGCCUGUAUCCAAAAUGACAUUUGGUCCAGAUUUGUGACUUUGCCAAAUCAAAACAGAAUAUGGACCCUUAAAAUCACCAAUAAAUCAGCACACAAACAUAAAGACGAAGGUGCUCAGACGCCCCUAGUGAUGAUCCACGGGUUUGGAGGAGGUGUCGGUCUCUGGAUCCGUAACCUGGACGCUUUGAGUCAUUCUCGACCCGUCUAUGCCGUUGACCUGCUGGGCUUCGGUCGCAGCUCUCGCCCGUCGUUCCCGUCUGACGCCUUAUUGGCUGAGGAGCAGUUUGUUACUUCCAUAGAGCAGUGGAGACAAUCACUGGGGCUGGAGCGCAUGAUCCUAUUGGGACACAGCUUGGGUGGUUACCUAGCAACAUCCUACACAAUCCAAUAUCCAGAAAGAGUCAGUCACCUCAUCCUGGUGGACGCGUGGGGUUUCCCUGAGCAACCUCAGCCUCAGUUAGAGGGGUCGGGAGGUCAAGGGUCAGAGGUUAAAAGGGUCUCACCGCCUCGCUGGGUGAAAGCUCUGGCGUCAGUGUUCAGCCUCUUCAACCCGCUGGCCGUCUUCAGAGCAGCCGGACCCUGGGGUCCAGGGCUGGUCAGCCGAUUCCGUCCCGACUUCAAGAGGAAGUUUGAGGAUCUGUUUGAUGACGACACCAUGAUGCGAUACAUUUACCACUGUAACGCUCAGAAACCAAGCGGUGAGGUGGGUUUCAAAGCCAUGUCUGAGUCGAUCGGCUGGGCCAAGAGGCCGAUGGUUCAGCGUGUUCAUCUGCUGCCACCGUCGAUGCCCGUCAGCUUGCUGUACGGCGCACUGUCCUGGGUGGACCCAUCCACUGGAAAGACAGUCGUUCAGAUCAGAGGCAAAAGCCCCACCAGUGUCACACUGAUCGAAGAUGCUUCCCAUCACGUAUACGCCGAUCAGCCAGAAGAGUUCAACCGAGUAGUUGAGAGUAUUUGUAAUACAGUAGACUAAAUAUGAUGCACAUUGGUUUGUAGUUGCAGGUAUCUGUAUUUUUGAACAUUUAAAAGCUAAGCUGUUCUCAGACCUUGUCGCUUCAUAUUCAGAUUGUACUGUUUGUGGCCUUUAAUGUGGAACAGCUCAGUAAUUAUACUGCAGGAUUCAAUGGAAACUGGUUGUAUUUGUAUUUUCUAACCUAUCCAUCUUAUUCUUCAAUGUGGAAGUAAGCAUAUGGGCGAGACUUCCGGUUCAUUAGCCACUGUAGCGAAAUAACCAGAAGAAUAACAA